AUGAAGGAGGUUGCUACGCGGCAGCAUGCUCACGCCAACACGGUGUACCAUUGCUUGUACGCGUACUACAAGUUUGGCUACUCGAAUAAACACCGUGCGCGUAUCUUCAACAAGUCGGAACGGGCCAUUCGCAACUGGGUGAAUGUCUAUCAGAAUACAGAAACCUUCCAGCGCGUCAAUCCCGCCUCCAAAAGGCAAUUCACGGAUGCUCAGCGACGCUGGCUGUUCGAUUACUAUCAUGAACACCCUCUCACGUACCUGCGUGAAGCCAAGACGACAAUCCGUCAACAUCUCAAAGACUUCUGUCUGGAGAAUAAUUCACGAGUUUGGGCUCACAUGGAAAAUUUUAGAGCGCCGCGCAAUGCAUAUUAA